GCUUUUCCUCAAAGGUCUCCUCUUUCUCUCUCUCUUUCUACUUUUUCCUCAGCCAUGGAAGAAAAAACUCAGAGUCAUCACACUACCAAACACAUCCCUAGUUCCAAAUCAAGAACACCUCUUCUCCACAAGCCUCCUCCUUUUCCCCAUGUUCACACCAAUCCUCCUCCUUUUGUCUUGCAGCCUUCUUCUAACCACCAAAAUCUCAAUCUUGUCUCCUCCAAUCUCCAUUCUAGCUACUACUAUUAUUACUACUACUGCUUCUACUCUCAAUUUCACAACACUCUUCCUCCUCUUCUCCCUCUUCCUCCUACUCCUCCUUUACUUCCUCUUCCUAUUCCUCCUCCUCCUCCUCACCAAAGAUUCUUCCAAUCAUCGACAAAACCUCUCCCUCUUUCUCCAGUUGUGGAGAGUAAGCAGCAACAGCAACAGAACAAGAAGAAGCAAGUUUCUGAACAUAAAUCCAACAGUAGAAACAUCAAAGUGAUUGGGUCCACAGAAACAGAUGCAGAAUCGACAUUAGUGGUUGCUAAAAGACCUGACUCUGGUGGUCAAGAAGGCUCUUUCAUUUAUCUUCUCGCCAACCAUUUUCUUGUCAAGUUUGAUCCUUCACAGAAGAUUUACCAUUACAAUGUUGACAUCUCUCCAUACCCUUCAAAAGAAAUUGCUCGGAUGAUCAAACAGAAGCUCGUGGAGACUGAGCCGAGUAGCUUCUCUGGUGCUGUCCCUGCGUUUGAUGGUAGGAAAAACAUUUAUAGUCCUGUGGAGUUUCAGGAAGAUAAGCUUGAGUUCUUUGUUAAUCUCCCUAUCCCAUCUUGCAAGACGGUGAUGGUGUACGGUGACUUGCGAGAGAAGCAACCUCAGAAGAAGAUUGAUAAACUGUUUAGGGUCAACAUGAGGCUUGUUUCUAAGUUUGAUGGGAAGGAACAGAAGAAAGAAGGUGAAAAUUGGAAACCUCUGCCUCAAGAAUACAUUCAUGCUCUUGAUGUGAUCUUGAGGGAGAAUCCAACAGAGAAAUGUACAUCGAUUGGAAGAUCGUUUUACUCGAGCUCUAUGGGUGGAUCUAAAGAGAUUGGAGGAGGAGCUGUUGGACUCAGAGGGUUUUUCCAGAGUCUUAGACAAACUCAGCAAGGUUUAGCCCUAAACAUGGAUCUCUCAAUCACAGCAUUCCAUGAAAGCAUUGGGGUAAUAGCUUACUUGCAGAAGCGGCUCGAGUUUCUCAAGGAUAUAUCUAGGAACAAAGGUAGAGAACUGAGCUUGGAGGAAAGAAGAGAAGUAGAGAAAGCACUCACGAACAUAAGAGUCUUUGUUUGCCACAGAGAAACUGUUCAAAGGUAUAGGGUUUACGGGUUAACAAAGGAGGUUACAGAGAAUAUUUGGUUUCCUGAUAGAGAUGGGAAGCAUCUAAGGCUUAUGAGCUACUUCAAAGAUCAUUAUGGUUAUGAGAUUCAGUUCAAGAACUUGCCGUGUCUUCAGAUUAGUAGGACGAGACCUUGUUACCUUCCUAUGGAACUAUGUAUGAUCUGUGAAGGUCAAAAGUUUCUUGGGAAGCUUUCAGAUGAUCAAGCUGCAAAGAUCAUGAAAAUGGGCUGCCAAAGACCAAAUGAAAGGAAAGCUAUUAUUGACAAGGUUAUGUCAGGACCGGUUGGUCCAUCUAGUGGAAACCAAACAAGAGAAUUCAACCUCAAGGUCUCGAGUGAAAUGACAUUGCUAAAAGGAAGAAUACUUCAGCCUCCAAAGCUUAAACUUGACAGGCCAAGGAACCUUGUAGAAAGCAGAGCUUUUAAAGGAACUCGAAUCGAGAGAUGGGCUUUGAUGAGUAUUGGAGGCAGCUCGGAUCAGAAAUCUACCAUUCCCAAGUUCAUAAACGAGCUCACUCAAAAGUGUGAGCAUUUAGGAGUCUUCCUAAGCAAGAAUACAAUAAGCAGCACCUUCUUUGAAACAUCACACAUACUAAACAACAUUUCGCUUCUCGAAUCUAAGCUGAAGGAGAUUCAAAGAGCGGCGUUGAACAACCUCCAGCUGAUUAUCUGUGUAAUGGAGAAAAAACACAAAGGAUACGGUGAUCUAAAACGUAUAGCAGAGACAAGAAUCGGCGUUGUGACGCAAUGCUGCUUAUACCCUAACAUCACUAAGCUCAACUCUCAGUUCGUUGCAAACUUAGCUCUCAAGAUCAACGCCAAGAUUGGUGGAUCCAUGGCCGAGCUCUACAACUCGAUACCUUCUCACAUUCCGAGAUUGUUUAGACUCGAUGAGCCAGUGAUCUUCAUGGGAGCUGAUGUAACGCAUCCUCAUCCGUUUGAUGACUCUAGUCCUUCAGUAGCUGCUGUGGUCGGGAGCAUAAACUGGCCAGAAGCUAACCGCUACGUCUCUAGAAUGCGGUCUCAGACUCAUAGGCAAGAGAUCAUUCAAGAUCUUGACUUGAUGGUCAAGGAACUUCUUGAUGAUUUCUACAAAGCCGUAAACAAGCUUCCGAGUCGGAUCAUAUUCUUCAGAGACGGUGUGAGUGAGACACAGUUCAAGAAAAUCCUCCAAGAAGAGCUUCAAUCCAUUAAAACAGCUUGCACUAAGUUCCACGGUUACAACCCGAGCAUCACAUUCGCUGUGGUCCAGAAAAGACACCACACGAGGCUGUUCCGGUGCGAUCCUGAUCACCAUGAGAACAUCCCUCCUGGAACAGUGGUCGAUACCGUGAUAACUCAUCCUAAAGAGUUUGAUUUCUAUCUAUGUAGCCAUUUGGGAGUGAAGGGCACGAGCAGGCCAACGCAUUAUCACAUCUUGUGGGACGAAAACGAGUUUACUUCAGAUGAACUGCAGAGACUUGUGUAUAACUUGUGUUACACUUUCGUGAGGUGCACGAAACCUGUUUCUAUUGUGCCGCCUGCUUAUUACGCUCAUCUUGCAGCUUAUAGAGGAAGGCUAUACAUCGAGAGAUCAUCUGAAACUAAUGGAGGACCCAUGAAUCCUUCUUCUGUGUCUCGAGUGGGUCCUCCCAAGACGAUUCCUCUCCCUAGAUUAAGUGAUAAUGUCAAGAAUCUCAUGUUUUACUGUUGAGUUCUUGAUCCUGUUCUUUCUAAGUUCUUGAUUUGAGUUGCUUGAGAUAGAAGCCAAUGUUCUUCCCCCAUUUUGAGUUCGGAAGAUUUUAAACAA